AUGAAGCACCUUAAUGAUCUGGGUCUUCGUGGUCCUCAAAAGCUCGGCCGCCUGUUGGACUUUCACUCGCUCUACUACGGCUACGUGCGCUUCACCCCGGAGACGGGAGUUCAGUACGUCCUCGACCUGCUGCUCAUCUACCGACGUUUUGCGGGGAAGCGGCUGACGCUGCCCAUUCGCCGGCACGCCCACGCAGUGCAGAGCUUCUCAGAACCGGUGGUGAGGGAGUGGCCGGUGGAGGAGUACUUUGCUCAAGGAGAAGGAGACAGAGAAGAAGAAGUGGACCACAUCGAGGUAAACCUUGUGGUGCCGCUGGCUGGCCGAAUGACCACCUUCCACCGCUUUCUCGCCAACUUUGCCCGCGUUUGGGAGGCGGAUCAGCGGCUGACGCUAACGGUGGUGCUCUUCAGCGCUGAAGAUAACUCCACCACCAUCACUGAAUACGACCUUCUCCGGUUGGCCACCGAACAUUACCACGUUCCACCUAAAGUAGUGCGCGUCCUGGCGAUGAACAGCAGCGAGCCUUUCAGCCGAGGCGUCGCCUUUCAGCGCAGUCUGGCGCUCUUCGCCGACCACCAGCUGCUCUUCUUCCUCGACGUGGACAUGACCUUCACCGGGGAGGUGCUGGGCCGGGUGCGACGAAAUGCCAUUCGCCGCCGGCAGGUCUACUUUCCCAUCGUCUUCAGUCAGUACGGCAAUGAGGUGAGCCAGACUGAAGAUCAAGAUAAUCGAACCGAGCCUUCUGAUCACCUCCUCACCAUCAACGACCUCGACGGCUACUGGCGGCAGUUUGGCUUCGGCAUCGUCGCCCUCUACCGCUCUGACCUGCUCGCCGUGGGCGGCUACGAGACGACCAUCCACGGCUGGGGCAUGGAGGACGUGGCCCUCUACGACCGCUUCGUCUCCUCCCCCAGCUACACCAUCUUCCGAGCCGUCGACCCGGGCCUGGUGCACGUCUACCACCCGAUCACCUGCGACCGCCACCUCUCGGCGCUGCAGUACGAGAUGUGCCUCGGCACGAAGCUCUCCAGCCUCGACUCGACCGCCGAGCUGGCCGCCUUCAUUCACCGCCACCGCCUUCUUUGA